AUGAUAUUAUUAAUCGACUCGUAUGAUUCAUUCACGAAUAAUUUGGCUCAUUUAUUAAAAGAAAACACGAAUCAAGAAGUUUUAACUAUUCAUAACGAUUCUUUCAAACCUGAAGAAUAUGAAUCAUUUUAUGAGAAAUAUCUUCCAUUAUUUCAUUAUAUUGUUAUUGGCCCUGGUCCAGGACAUCCAUCAAUUGAAUCUGAUGUUGGUAUAAUUAGUUGGUUAAUAAAAAGAUUUCAAAAAGAAACAGAUCUUUCUAAAAUUGUUCCAACUUUGGGUAUUUGUUUAGGAUUUCAAAGUUUGUGUUAUGAAUUUGGAAAUGAUGUUUCAAGAUUGAAACAAGUUAGACAUGGACAAAUCUAUGAUAUACAUCCAAUUGAUGAGAGUGAUUUAUUUCCAGAUAUAAAACCUUUUGGAAGUGUAAGAUAUCAUUCUUUAUUUGUUGGUGAUGAUAAACUCAACGGUGGGAUUAUACCUUUGGCCUACUGCUAUGAAGAUGAUAAGAAGAUAUUAAUGGCUAUGAGACAUAACAAGUUCCCAUUUUAUGGGGUACAAUAUCAUCCUGAAUCAAUUUGUUCUGAUAAAGGAUCUGAUUUAGUUAAAAAUUUCACAAGUAUUGCCAGACUGUAUAAUGAAAAACAUAGACCCUUUGUGUUUAAUGAAAAGAAAAAUGUUGAUUGGUUGGGUCAUCAUGCUGUACAUGAAGAAUAUUUGAUUCAAAAUGGGAAAUUCACUUCUAAUGAAUUGUCAAAUGUCUUUUUCAAGAUGGCACGUCCUGAAAAUGACUCAAUUACCCCGAUUGAUAUUUGUGAUUAUUUUUACAAGCAAGAUGGUGAUAAAUGUAACUUUGUUUUGUUAAAUUCUGCUUCUAUUCCUGGUGAAUGGUCAAUUAUUGGUUUUCCUACACCGGGAGAAAGUGAAAUCAUUACCCACUCAAUUGACGACCCACAAAAUAUCUAUUUGUCCAAGUUUGGCAGAAACCAACAUGAAGUUAAAACCAUAUCAGAGGAUUCCACAGUUUGGGAAUAUGUUGCUCAGAGAAUGAAUGACACGUAUAUUUCUCGUGAAGAUAUUAAACUGAAAAUUGACAACUAUGGAGAUCGUGAAUUGCCAUUUUUCGGAGGGUUUAUGGGAUUGAUUUCAUAUGAAGAAGGACAACAUAUUCUUCUUGAAAAACUUUCAUCAAUUUGUAAAAAAUCCACACCGGAUUUGAAGUUGGUAUUUGUUUCAAGAUUCAUUGCCUUUGAUCAUGUUAACAAGAACUAUUAUGUUGUUAGUAUCAAUGAUUCCACAACUUGGGGUGAUGAUACUUUGAAGUUACUCAAGAACGUAGAUAAAAUCAAUUUGGAUAGUAUUCCAAAUUCAGUCAAGAAUUUGGCUAAAGAUGAAGAUCUGAACUUGAUCAGAUUUGAAUUCCCUAGCCAAGAUACAUACAAGCAACAAUUUGACAAGUGUCAGGAAUAUCUUCAUUCUGGGGAUUCCUAUGAGUUGUGUCUUACUACCCAACUGAAGAUUCACUUACCUGGUUAUAUCAAACCAUGGGAUAUAUAUAAAGUGUUGACACUUCGCAAGAAUCCUUCCCCAUUUUCAUGCUUUAUGGAAUUUGAUGAUUGUUGUUUGAUAUCUUCGUCUCCAGAAAGAUUCUUAUCUUGGAAAGAUGACAGUGAAGGUAAUAAAAUAGUCGAGUUAAGACCAAUCAAGGGAACUGUUAAAAACACUGACGAUGUCACUAUGGAAUUGGCUACAAAAAUACUUAAAACACCAAAAGAAAUGGGAGAAAAUCUUAUGAUUGUUGAUUUGAUCAGGCACGAUUUGUACCAAUUUACAGACAAUGUGAAAGUUUCUCAAUUGAUGACAGUUGAAGAGUAUACGACUGUAUUCCAAUUGGUUAGUGUGAUUCAAGGUAAAUUAUACAAGCAAGGAUAUCAUGGCAUUGAUCUUUUACAUAGAUCCUUACCACCGGGUUCCAUGACUGGUGCACCAAAGAAAAGAUCAGUGGAAUUGUUACAGGAUAUUGAAGCAAUGCAAGAGAAUUUUGUUGGUGGAAGAAGAGGUAUAUAUAGUGGUGUUGUUGGGUAUUGGUCAAUUACUGAUGAUUCUGAUUGGUCUGUAAUAAUCAGAUCAGUUUUCCAUUAUAACGAUGAUAAAGAAAACAAUGAUCGGAACAAACUUUAUAGAAUUGGUGCUGGUGGUGCGAUAACAGUAUUAAGUGAUCAAGAAGGGGAAUGGGACGAAAUGGUCUUGAAAUUAACCCAGUGCAUUACAAGCAUUUAA